AUGCUCGAGCAAACAAAAGCUACUUCAAAACGGCGCACCAAGAGGAGCCAUACGCUGCACAAAACUCAAGCAUGUAACGGACAAGCUGCCGAGGCGCGCUGCCUGCCGGACGCUGAGAACGCCCGACAAUUCGUCACGCCCCUUUACGUGAGUCCAUCCUCGGAGGCAACCGAAACAGACGUCAACUUUCUCACAGACAGGGAAUUGGAGAUUCUGAUCAACGAACCAGUCAAGUCCGUGAUCAAAGGAGACUCAGAAACUGAACGAAUGAAGUUCAUGAUGGAAAAGGUCCGGAACAUCGUCACGAAAUGGUUCUCCAAGAGACCGAUCACCGAAUCGGAACGUAUCCUCGUCCUCGGAGCCAGACAUGACGUCAUGGAAAACCUGAGCGCCUCGAUGGUAGAAUGGAUAGUGAGCUCUGCUAUCGAUGCCUGUUCCACAUGGACUAAGAUGUCUGCGAAGGAGAUGAGGCGACGGAUUCAGAAUCUAAUUAACAAGAACCUAAUCUUUUGUGCAUUUUUCUCAGACGAAGCAUCUGGAGAGGUUCCUCCCGUUGAAGAACCAAUGUACGUGCGAAUUUUGCGAGGGCUUGAUAUGCCAAAAAUGAAGGCCUUUGUUGACCGACUCAACAAAAGAUUGCGAGGUACAACUGAGCAUCCUGGCAUUCAUGAAUGGCAAGAUAUCCGGAAGAGCAAUAGAAAGUUUCACCACAUCUUUGUUCUUGGGGCUCAUGAAUUCAAUCAGAAUUUUGCAGAUAUUUGCAAACUUCAUCUGAGUAAACAAGGAUAUUUUUGGCUUCUCUGGCCGGAAGAUGAUCUACCCGACACCUUUGUCGCAGAACUCAUUCAAUCAGGUUUCAUACGGCCAGACAGGAAAUCCAUACAAGACAGUGCCAUCCACGCCCGCCGACUCUCCACAUCUCGGCAGAGCGUCUCGCUUCCAGGCAACAGCACUCCAACCAUUCCGCCAAAUCCUGGUGACCUCCACUUUGAGGAUGUCUUAUUGAAGGGAUUAAACCUUGCUCAUGUUGAAAUCUUGUCUACCAUACUCUACCAUGUCCACGUGAGUCUUGGCGCGAACCCAGCAAGCCCCCAACUCAUCCAAGUACCCAUCAACAGCGCCAUAACGCCAACCACGCGACACAAGCAUGGAAAUGAACACGAACGCAUCCUACGUGGAGGACUCACAGCAAGGAGCAGCCGAUUUCGAAUAUUCAGUUCAAGUUUGUCAUCUUAG